ACAUUUACUUGAUUGGGUGUCAAGUCACCCCUGGCGGGGGGCUCAAAUCAAGGUUUCAUGUUAUGCUUCCAAAUUCGGGGUUAAGGUUUUAAAGUAGGAUUUGAAGUCAUGUUUGGGUUCAAGAGAGGGUUUUGGUUUCAAAGAUGAGUUGGGGUUUCAAAUGAGGGCUUCAUUGUCGGAUUUAGGGCUGUGCGAAAAACGACCAAUCGUACUGCAGCUACUUACUGUGUCACGUAGUUGCCAAACUCUUCUUUAUUAUAAGUUUGUCUGUAUUCUAUUGCCCCCUGGUGGUCAAGGCGUGCACACUAUAAGGAGCAACAUUGUCAAUUGGGCAUUGAUGCAAAAACUGAUUCUUUAAGUACUAUUUUUAAAAAAAGUUUUGGGGGGGAUUCAACUACUUGCUAGCGUUUCCAUUCAAGUGAUUCCAAACCUUUUUAAGCUGUAUGAAUGAUUAAUUUGGCAGCGCACCUUUUCGCUGAACGUCAAACGGUCAUGGGCAGGUUUGCGCUCCCCGCCGAGAGUGUUACAGGAGCCGCGGAUUUGCUGCUAAUCCCGCCAGCGAGGACGACAGAGCGAUCCCACGCUCAACCUCCGAAGACUCGAACCCCCGUGACAACGCUUCGCUUUGAGGAUUUCUCUGCAAGCAAAAAACACUUAUCCAAAAACCCCGGUGGCAUAUUGCAAAUCUGGUGGCGUUGGCGGGCUGAAGGCUACGUGUUGUUCGGCGGCGCCGUUACGCCCACUGAGUGGCGAGACGAGUGGCGGCCGGUUAGCAGCCUGGAAUCUAUUUCUGUGACUUGGCAGCCAGGCUGGGCGAUGAUCCAGAGCCACUCUCAAGCCAUGGCCGGACUACAUUGCAAUGCUGUCGUGUCAAGGCCAAAAGGACUCGCCGGCGCGGUCGCGGCCGACGGCGGCCGCGACUGCCUGAGCGCCGGCGACGCCUGCUCCGGAGACGACGCCUGCAGCCCCCGCCUGCGCACCCUGCGGCAGUGCGUGGCCGGCGACGGCAGCGUCAAGCUGGGACCCGGCGCGCGCAACCAGUGCGAGAACGCCAUGACAGCCCUCUUGUCCACGCCGCUGCACGGCUGCCAGUGCAAGCGGGGCAUGAAGAAGGAGAAGAACUGCCUGAGCAUCUACUGGAGUCUGCAGCAGGCCGUCCUGCACGGCCUGAGCCUGGUGGAGGACUUUCCCUACGAGCCCGAGGAGAGGGGCUCCGACUACGUCCGCCUGGCCUCCAUCGCCGCCGCUGCAGGCCACACCCGCCGGCCCCUCAGGCUCGGAUUAAUUGCCGCUUUACUCGAAUGCGUGUGCAAGGAAGAAAUGCUUAGUGGAGAGGAGACCAAUACGGAUGGUUUGUGUACGCAAGAUGAGGUCACGAACGAACAAUCGGAAGCGACGACGGUCAACCGCUGCCUGGACGCCGCCAAGGCCUGCAACAUCGACGAGACGUGCCAGAAGCUGCGCACCGAGUACGUGUCGUCUUGCAUCCGGCCGUCGGCCCGCUCGGGCCCGUGUAACCGGCCCAAGUGCAACAAGGCGCUGCGCAAGUUCUUCGACCGCGUGCCGCCCGACUACACGCACGAGCUGCUCUUCUGCCCGUGCACCGACACGGCGUGCGCCGAGCGCCGCCGCCGGACCGUGGUGCCGGCGUGCUCCUACGAGGACAAGGACGAGCCCGGCUGCCUGGCGCAGCUCAGGCUCUGCAAGGCCGACUACGUCUGCAGGUCCCGCUGGGCUCAGUUCCAGUACGACUGCCAGCCGUGGCCCGAGAGCUCCAGCGGGUGCAAGCAGGCGAACCACGCGGCGUGUCUGCUGGCGUACACCGGCCUCAUCGGCAGCACAAUAACGCCCAACUACCUUGACAACUCCACCUCCAACGUGGGACCCCGCUGCUCCUGCGCUACCGGUGGCCACCAGCGGGAGCAGUGUGCCAGCUUCCUGGCUUCCUUCCACGACAACGUCUGCCUCAAGAAGGCGAUCUCGGCGUUCGGCAACAGCUCGGACGUGAAAACGGGCGGCGGAAUCCCGAGCCCGGCCGCUACCCGGGCCACCGGCGUUCCGGGCGUUUCCGUGGAAACGGCGCAAAACAUCCUGAGGGCGGAGAUCCCAACUCAGGUGAACGGCAACGAGCGACUUUGGGACGACUCGACGCCGCCCUCGUCGCCCGACCUCUUCGAGCGCAACGCCGGAGCGACGCCCGUCCGCCCCGUCCCGCCGCUCGCCACCUGCUGGCUCUUCCUCCUCCUCGGCCGCCGCUAGGGGGCGCCGCCUCGCUCGACGCGGACAACGUCGGCAAUCGUGACUCGACACUUUUUCUACGAGCCGCAACAUUUCUCGCUUCACCAGCCACGGGAGGACCGUCAGAUAAAGAAAUUUUAUUGAAAACAAAUGAUAUUAUUUUUGCCGUCGUCGUGGAAAGAUGCUUGACGCCGGUUAGCGCCCGUCGCUAACAGCUCAUGUUGUGUUGUCGUUAUUGUCGUGUUGCGGCAAAGAACCUUUUAUGGGCACUUUUUAACGGACAAAAAGCCAAGAGUUUGUGUUCGUGUGGGUGCUAUGAGAAACGUUUUGUGUUCUUCACGUGCUCAGCCAUCCUUCCUUCCUUCCUUUCCUUGGCUUCCUUCCUCCCACGUGUAAAAAAAAAUAAGAAAAACAUUUUUGCGCUUCGGGUUAUUGCGAAACUACAGGAAUGUUCAAAGAUGGAAACUUUCCAUGAGAAUUUAUGGGAACAAAGUGGUUCAACCAGGAAUUGACCAAAUUAAAGGUUGCUUCUAUGUCAGUGUAAUCGUGCCUAAAACAAGCAGAUUUCAUGCAAGUGCAGAGGUAAAAAAAAAAAAUAAUAAUUCAGUUGCAAGUGUGUUGCUUGCUCAAUUUUAUUAUUUUUUUUUUGCAGUGAGCUAAAAUGUGUGUUUGCCCUCGCAUGUGGGCAAGGAGAGCUCUCCAUUUUGGAUGGAUGUCUGCUCGAUUAUGAUCCUUUUCCAUGACAUAAGCAUCAACUCCCAAUUAAUUCCCAUGGAAUGUUUCCAAUUUGGAAUAUUUCAAGAUUCCCCGGCUUGCCAGAAUUUUUGCAACCCUAACCAGCACUGCUGGAGCCAUCUCCGAGACGAGAGCUAGCUCGUUAGCCCGUUAGCAUCACGACUUCACGGAAGCGAAAGACUUCUUAAGUGUUGCUCUCCCAACACUACUGUCACUCUUUCACCCCACUUAAUUGUGUUUUUGUUUUGGACCAUUCAAAUAAACUUUACUGCUGCUGCCGGUUUUAAAGUAGGUUGCCAUGACAACCAGGGGAUGAUUGACAGCUGAGGGGACAAAAAAACUAUGUGAAGACUCUCUUCUUCUUCUUCUCGUGUUGUUCAACACUUUCACUCAAUAAAAGUGGAAGGUCCAACUUCA